CAUUGCGUCAAACAAAAGUCAAGUUUCGCCACGCUUCGUAGUUGGCAACGCGUCAAAAUGUGUGUUGGCAACGCUGCGCGGUUAACUUUGAAAUUGAACAUAAGGCGUAGGUGGUGUGCGUUAGAGCGGGACGACACGAGUAACAUAAUAAGCUGUCGGCGCAAAUUGGGAUUUCAAUGCGUGAAAUUGCGAGCAAUUAAAUCGGGUUGCAUGACCAAAAGGAAUUAAUUAGAAUUAAAGUUACUAAACGCUAGCAAAGCAACAAAGAAUUCAGACAGUUAAUGAAAAUGCCGGUAGUCGAACCAUUUCGGUCGCGUCAGGUCGCCCGCAAGAAUCCACGGCCGUGCAAGCUGAAGUCGACGGACUGCAAGGAGAACCACGUUGCACGUUGCACGCAGCACACGCAGUCACAAAAAGUUGACCUCAUGACGAUGGCAGAAGGCACCGACCCCAUGGGGCAUCAUCAUCACGCCGCCGGCUCGCACAAUCCCCACCAUCACUACCACCACCACCACCAUCCCCACUCCCACUCCCAUCCCCACUCGCAGUAUCACCACCAACACUAUGCGCCCGCCCAGCAGCCUCCACUGUCAGGUGCAGCUGCGGCUGCCUCCCACUAUGCGCCCUACGCCCAGCUACAGUAUCCGCAUCCGCAUGCCUUGCCGCCCCACCAUCAGCACUUGCCCUUGGCCCUGAGUCUGCAUCAGCAGGCUGCCGCAGCGGCGGCGUCCGCAGCGGUUGCUGCUGCAGUUGCCAGCGUUGAGCAACACAACAACAACAAUAACAAUAGCAGCAACAACAACAACAAUCAACCGCUGAUGGCGAACAACAACAAUAACAACAACAUAAUGCCAUGGAAGCAACGCAAGCGCAAGCGACUUUCGGCUGUGCUCGACAAGCUGCACAACAACAACAAUAAUAACAACAACAACAGCAGCAACAACAACAAUAACAACAACAGUAGUAACAACAACAACAACAAUAAUGGCGUCACCUGCAAGACAGAACCCAUGGACAUGGAUGAGCGGGAGCUGGACGACAUGGAGGAAGAGGAGCCGGAGGAAGACGAUGAGGAUGCGGCACGUGAAGCCAAGCGUCACCAGGAGGCUAACUACAUUAAGAGCGAGCAGCGAGAGGCAUCCUUGACAGCAGCCAGCGACGAUGAGCAACUCGAGGCAGAUGCCGAGGCAGAGCUCUCCACGGAGGAAUUAUCCCACUCGGAUCAGGAACCCGAACAGGAGCACGAUAAUCUGCGCAUUAGCAUGAGUCCGCUGCAGGUGGCAGCGACGCCAGCAUCGAAGCCAGAGAACGCCGCGGUGGCCAAGGAGAAUCCACUGCACGUGGACAUCAAGACUGAGCACAUGCCAAGCCCGUAUGAUCGCUACUUUCCCAUUCCCUCACCCCUGUUCGGCUACUAUCUGCACACCAAGUACUUGAACGAAGUGUUCCGACGUCGCCAUGAUCUCUACCCCUCGCCGCUGCAGCACACGCCCUCGUCGAUUGCCUCCGAGACGGAGACAUCGCCUCUCAGCCAGAGCAAGACAUCCUGCAACACAUCGAAUGGCAGCCAGAGCAAUGGCCAACAGCUGCUCCCUGCCGUGAUGAUCAAUGCAUCGCCUCCACCCUCGUUGCCAUCGCCGCCUCGCAGCGACUCCUCGCAAACUACAGCGCAACCAACGCGUGUUAGUCCGAAAUUGGGGGGAAAGAAGAAGGCAGCAGCCUCAUCAGGGGCUGGCGAGAAGCCCAUGCCACCGCCCCAGGAGCGUCCGCUGGAUCUGUGCAUGCGCAGCGACGGUCUCGGUGAGCCCAAGAAGUACAAAUCCUGCUCGCCACCGGCGGGUGCCAUGAUGCCACCGCCACAGACAUCGAUGAGUGCCGCGAGUAGUUUGGAGAGCAUGAACGCGCUUUCGCCCGCAUCCAGCACACACUCGAACACCUCGCUCACCAGCAGCACGCCCACAUCCACGCUAGCACCGCCCUCAGCGAUGUCGCCGUAUGCCAUGACCGCUGCAGCGGCUCACGCAGCAGCCGCGGCAGCUGCCGCCGCAGCCAUGAUCAAGAUGGAGAUGCCCAUGCAUCCGUUGCACUCGCAUGUGCCGACCACAACGGUGGGAGUGCCGGUGAUCAAGGGGGACGUCGCCUCGCCCACCACCAAGGAGACGGUGGCCUGGCGCUACAAUCUCGAUGUGUCGCCGGUGGUCGAGGAGAUGCCGCCCGGCUCGGAUGUGGCGUAUGUGUGCCCGACCUGCGGCCAGAUGUUCUCGCUGCACGAUCGGCUGGCCAAGCACAUGGCGUCGCGUCACAAGUCGCGCAAUCCCGCCAACGACAUUACCAAAGCCUACUCCUGCGAUGUCUGCCAUCGUUCGUUCGCCCGCUCCGACAUGCUCACCCGCCACAUGCGUCUCCACACGGGCGUCAAGCCCUACACCUGCAAGGUGUGCGGUCAGGUCUUCUCCCGCUCCGAUCAUCUCUCCACCCAUCAGCGCACCCACACCGGCGAGAAGCCCUACAAGUGUCCGCAGUGUCCCUAUGCCGCCUGCCGACGCGACAUGAUCACUCGCCACAUGCGCACUCACACUCGCUACGAGUCACGUGGUGGGGGAGGUGGCGGAGGAGGCGGCGGCGGACGAGGUGGCGAGGGACGUGGCGAGGAGCCAAAGUCACCGCUGCCGCUGCUCGACAUGAAGAUGAACAUGAAUCUGCCGCUGUUGCUGCAGCAGGAGGAGCUGCUGCAAAAGUCGCCUCUGGGUCUGGGCGGACCCAUGCCCAUUGUGGUGAAGACGGAGAGCGCCUAACGGUAUCUCUAUGCGGCCGCCGCCAGGCAGUUUAUGACCUUCUAGGCGCCCAGUCCUUGCCCCUUGCCACCCCUUGAUCCCUUGCCCUGAACAGCCCCCAUAGAUCAGCUGUAGUCGUCUAGCUACGCGCAACACUGGAAAUCUCUCUGCCAAGACUGAGAACCUAAUUACUACCUACAGUUAGAAGGCCUAGGUUUAUGCAUAGACAUACUAAAUAUAUAGAUAUAUAUAGUAUAUACCAUUUAAAGCAAUUAAAUACUAUUUUUUCAUACCAUAAUUUGUACUCAUCAACACACAACAGACAGACAGAGACAGCGAUAACUCAGACCACCAGCCAACGUAUUAGCGUUUAAAAAAAAUCUAUACAUAUAGUUUUAGGGUAUUCGAGACAGUCGGCUUUAGUUCGUAUUUGUAUUCGUAUUCGUAGUAUUUUAGUAUUUUUUGCAUAGAUUUGUUGUAGACAACGUUCAGAUACAGCUAGCAAUUCCAUGUUCCACAAUUUAGUUGCGUUUAUGUGGCGUCAACUUAUUUUCUAGUAACUUAGUUAGGCAGAGGUCAAAGUUCCCACCUCUGGGCAUUUUUUAAAACA